AGGUCCUUUACCGGGCAGGAUUCAUUCAGGGUGUAGAUCAGCUGAUCGCCGCCCUCCUUGUACUGAUGACAGCAGGAUGGCAGCUCAGCACGAUGUCCUCAAGGACACCACCAAGCUGGCAUCUUCUACCAUGGUCCUGCAGGUCGUCUUCCGUGUCCUGACGUUUGCUCUUAACGCCUUCACGCUGCGCUAUGUCUCGAAGGAGAUCAUUGGUAUUGUAAACGUCCGCCUGACCCUCCUUUACACCACCAUAGUGUUCCUGGCCCGAGAAGCUUUCCGAAAAGCAUGCCUGAGCCAUUCUGCACAGCAAAGCUGGAGACACACCAUUCACCUCACCUGGCUGGCAGUACCCCUAGGCAUCUGCUGGUCUUUAGUAUUAGGAUGGAUAUGGCUGAAUAUAUUGGAAGUUCCAGACCCAGCAGUUAUCCCACAUUAUGGCCCUGGAGUUCUGGCAUUUGGAUUUUCUGCCGUUAUUGAGCUCCUAGCCGAACCAUUCUGGGUCCUUGCACAAGCUCAUCUCUUUGUCAGGCUAAAGGUGAUUGCUGAGAGUCUGGCAGUAAUUGUCCGUUGUUCUGUCACAGUCAUUCUUGUGCUUAUCUGUCCUCACUGGGGCCUCCUCAUCUUUUCCUUCGCCCAGGUCCUGUACACCAGCCUACUCUCUCUCUGUUAUAUUCUCUACUUUGCAAAGUUUGUUGGCUCUCAGGAGGCAGAGAAGAAAUCAUUCCCUCUUCACAGUAUGAUGGAAUUUUUCCCCCGGUACUCUUUAUCUCAGGACUUUUUGGAUUGGAAGCAGGCCUGGCUAGCAUGGAGCUUCUUCAAGCAGUCAUUUCUGAAACAGAUCCUGACAGAAGGUGAGCGCUACGUCAUGACCUUUAUGAAUGUGCUGUCGUUUGGAGAUCAAGGUGUGUAUGAUAUCAUAAAUAACCUGGGAUCUCUGGUGGCUCGCUUGAUCUUCUUGCCUUUAGAAGAAAGCUUCUAUGUCUAUUUUUCCAAGGUGAUGGAGAGAGGAAAAAAUGUCAAGAGUCAGAGGAAGGAGGAGAUGUCCGCUGCCUCGGAGGUAUUGGAGUCACUCCUGAAACUGGUGACAUUGAUUGGGCUGGUCAUCCUUGCAUUUGGCUAUGCGUAUUCACAGCUGGCCUUGGAUAUUUAUGGUGGAUCCCUGCUUAGUGCCGGCUCUGGUCCUGUUCUCUUGCGCGUCUACUGUCUCUAUGUUCUCCUGCUGGCCAUCAAUGGGGUGACCGAGUGUUUCACCUUUGCUUCAAUGAGUAAAGAGGAGGUAGACAGGUUUAACUACAUCAUGUUGGGUCUCUCGUUAAGUUUCCUAUGCCUUUCCUACUACAUGACAACUUGGCUCGGCAGUGUUGGAUUCAUCUUCGCAAACUGUUUUAAUAUGGGCUUGCGGAUCGCUCACAGUCUACAUUACAUCUGGAAGUAUUACAGGGGAAGCCGCUACCGACCACUUUCUGGGCUCACGCCGUGCCCAGCAGUAAUAUGUGCGCUGGCAGUUAGCGCUGCAGUGACCGGGUAUUCAGAGGUAACCUUAUGCUGUGACAUGGGCUGGCCAUCCCGUCUGGCACACGUCCUGGUUGGAGCUCUCUGUCUGUCUGUGACGUUGGCUGCCAUAGUCCUGUCUGAAGAAAAACUGACUCACUUUAUACGUAGUCACUUCCUGUCCAAAAAGCCAAAAAAGAAAGUGUAAGGGGGGGGGCAGAACUGAGCUCCUUCAAACAAUCCAUAUACAACUGAGGUAUUAAGUGCCCUCUUCUGUGUGCGUAACACCCUGCAACGAAAGGGGUGAUCCCAAGGUGGUGGAAUAUAUGAAUAAUAAUGCCUCUGUGUUAUGUCAUAUGUCACUGAAUCUCAGGGCUGACUGCUGUUGAUAGGGCACAUAUAUGACAUAAAAUUUCUGCCUUACAUAUCUCAUACAUAAAAUAGUAUGCUGAAGAAUGUAUGAAUGUAUGAUCCAACACACAGACUGUAUGAAGGGUGGAAAGCACACACAAGGCAGUAUGCAGGGGGAAGGCAGCAGCAUCCUAGACACACAGAUCCAGCUUGUAUUACUGGGAGGGACAUGACCACAUGAGAAAUGGCUGAACCUAGGAGCAGGUUGUAAACUGAUUAUCAGAUGGUCUGAAAAUGAUUGAAGGAAUGAAGACUGAAGCCUGCAACUUUCUUUUACUCAAGGUAAUUACUAACAUAUAUUUAAAUAUAGUUGUUUUUUUUGUUCCAAAGGUGUCUAUAAACUUUAAAGUCUAUAGCAAAAUAGUGAAAAGGCUACAUUGUCAUAGUGCUUUUAGGGUGAGUGGCUUUUUUAGCAAAAUGCAGUAUGCUCUGGCCUUUUUUCUCCAUAAUCUUCUCUAUUGCACUUCUAAAACACCAGGUAAAAAAAAUUGUAAAUGUACAAUAAAAAAAUGGCUAUUAAAAAAAAUAUAUAAAAUGCUUGACAAGCAUGUCACUUUUUAAAUGCUAUUUAAGGCUCCA